AUGCUCCGUUACUUGCUUCUUGUAAGUAUAUGCCAGGGAAUUUAUUCCCAUUUUACUGAUUAUUCUCGAGGGUACAUGACUGCCAUCGUCACGAAGCAGCCUUCACCAAACGGAUUACCGAACUGGCCUACAGCGGCAAGAAUUGACGUCACCCUGAUGGCCAUUUACAAAAAGGACGAGAGGUACAUAGAAGAGGAUUUCCUGAAGAUGUUCUCCGACUUCGGCCAAAAGAACCACAUUCAUUUCAACGAUCGCAAUUUCCAACGAAUGGAUAACAGAAAUGAUGGGUUGAUGGCAACAUAUGGAUUGCGAGGAGUUCCCUGCCUGCAGUUGCAAAAAUUCUUACUGGAGAUUAAAUCAUACGACUACAACAUCAAGCACGUGAACGUCACUUGCGAUCGCUUGAAGUUCUCCGUUUGUUUGACAUUUUCUUGCCCGGAUAACUAUGAUAUAAACACCUGGACACCACAAAAAAGUUAUGACGUUCGACGAAGAAAAUCCUAG